AUGAUGUUCGCAAAGAAUCUGAAGCCCGGUCAGACGGUGAAGGUAACUCCCGAAGAUGGGGGUGAAAUAUUGCACAUUUCUCAGGUUUGCAUGAGCAAGCCUGUGGAUGGCAACAGGACAUAUUUGAAGAUUGUUCAGGGAUCUCAGAGUUUCGCCGCCUGCGUUCUGCAACGUGAUAAGCAAGAGUCAUGCAGCGUUGAUCUAUUUCUUUCUGCUCGUGAAGGCAUUCAACUAGCUCUAGAAGGAGGAAAGAAUGAAUUAAGUGUAAUUGGGUACUUUGAACCCGAGCCAGAGUCAGAGAGUGAGGAUGAAGGGGAUAUGGCUGGCUUUGAAGGAGAAAGUGAAGAAGAAAGUGAAGAAGAAGAUCUUUCUGAAGAUGAAACAGACGGAAUGACGGCUCCUGUCAUCAGAGACGGGCGUGUUGAGGAUUUGGAUGCCCAGGAAGAAGAUUCGAAGAAGAAGGCGAAGACAGCAAAUAAUAAUAAGAAGACUCAAGCCUUAAAAGCACUUCAAGCUGCUGCAGCAAACGAUGAUGAUGAUGAAGAUGAUGAAGAUGACGAAGAAGAAGAUGAAGACGAAGACGGAGAUGAAGGAGAGUCUGAAGACGAUGAAGAAAAUGACGAUAAUGAAGAUGAUGAUGAAGAAGAUGAUGAAGAAGAUGAUGAAGAUGAUGAAGAAGAAGAAGAAGAAGAAGAACCAGCACCUACACCUCAAGAUAAGAAACGCAAGGGGCAGCAGCAGCAGCAGAAGCAGCAGCAACAGCAGCAAGGCAACAAGAAGGCCAAGACGCAAGCAGCUGCAUCAUCAUCUGGUAGCGGGGGAGGCGAUGAAGCUACAUAUAGAAAUGCUUUAAUUGAAUUCUUAAAGAAGAACGGACCAACGCCUUUAGCUUCUCUGGGACAAAAGGUUAAAAAACCUGCAUCUCUUCCUAAGAUGGCGGCGUUCUUGAAGGCGAAUCCAAAUACAUUCUCUGUUGAAGGAGGAAAGUGCUCUUUGAAAUAA